GGGACUGUGUCGCGAGGGCUGCAAAUUGCGGUACGAAUGUUUACGAUUGACAACUAUGAGUUACUGCUAGCCAAGAUGGAGCGCGCCAUCACAACCCAGAAGCGAAAUGAUGAUUCUUUCAAGAAGUCUCUGAGCACGACUGCAUAGAUAGGCAGACGCGAUGUCUCAAACGCCUUUCCAGAUUCAAGAAACCGAGCGGAGCAGAGGGCAGAGAACAUGGAGUUUCGAGGUGAUUAUAUGCCGCCCAACGAACCGCCACUCGCCUGGGUUCUGUUAUGGAACUGGAAGUACUCGAAUGCUUAUAGGGAAUACGUUCCAGAGUCCUUGGUGCCAACUGGAUACGUAUUCUGGGACGCGGAGCGUUUGGCACAAGAUGGAAUUAAAGACUUUGUCGUCAGCCAGUGGGAGACUCGCCCUUCGGUUGCCGAGGCCAUGUUGGUCGAUCGCCUUUGGAGUCCCCUUAGAGACGAGAGACCAACAGCCGAAGUCCUUACAGACAUCGGCGAGAAAGCUUCAGGAGAUGCGGUGAAUCAUUCAGGUGAAGUCGAGGAUGCGCCUCAGCCAACGGAAGACUCUCGAGAUGCAAGUCUGGUAAUUUCUGAGGUUCAUGACUUCUACCUCUUACAUCGAUAGUUCGGGCU